GCGCCGUCUCUCACACGGAUUGGGAAGGCGCCAGGCCAGGCCAUCUCGGAGGAGGGGGCGGGGAGCGCGGCGCCCGGCGGCCCCUUUAAUCGGGGGCGCGCGCUGGCCGGCCCGCGCGCUCUCGCCGCCGUCGCCGGGCCGGAGCGGGAGCCAGAGCGGAGCUGGGGCCGGGGCCAGGGCCCGUAGCGGGCGGAAUGGAGCCCCCGCGCGCACCCGCUCUGUGCCGCCUGCUGCCGCCGCUGCUGCUCCUGCUGCUGCCACUGUCCCCCCGCGCCCGGGCCAAGUACGUGCGGGGCAACCUUAGCUCCAAGGAGGACUGGCUGUUCCUGACGAGAUUUUGCUUUCUUUCCGAUUACGGCCGACUGGACUUCCGUUUCCGAUACCCUGAGGCCAAGUGCUGUCAGAACAUUCUCCUCUAUUUUGACGACCUAUCCCAGUGGCCGGCUGUGUACAAAGCAGGGGACAAGGACUGCCUGGCCAAGGAGUCCGUGGUCAGGCCCGAGAACAACCAGGUCAUCAACCUCACUACCCAGUACGCCUGGUCAGGCUGUCAGGUAGCGUCAGAGGAGGGAACCCGUUACCUGAGCUGCUCCAGUGGCCGAAGCUUCCGCUCCGUCCGUGAAAGGUGGUGGUACAUUGCACUCAGCAAGUGUGGGGGAGAUGGGCUGCAGCUGGAGUACGAGAUGGUCCUCACCAAUGGCAAGUCCUUCUGGACACGGCAUUUCUCAGCUGAUGAGUUUGGGAUCCUGGAGACAGAUGUGACUUUCCUUCUCAUUUUCAUCCUCAUCUUCUUCCUCUCCUGUUACUUUGGAUAUUUGCUGAAAGGUCGUCAGUUGCUCCAUACAACUUAUAAAAUGUUCAUGGCUGCAGCAGGAGUGGAGGUCCUGAGCCUCCUGUUUUUCUGCAUCUACUGGGGCCAGUAUGCCACUGAUGGCAUUGGCAACGAGAGUCUGAAGAUCUUGGCCAAGCUGCUCUUCUCCUCCAGCUUCCUCAUCUUCCUGCUGAUGCUCAUCCUUCUGGGGAAGGGAUUCACAGUGACACGGGGCCGCAUCAGCCACUCGGGUUCCGUGAAGUUGUCUGUCUACAUGACCCUGUACACCCUUACCCACGUAGCGCUGCUCAUCUAUGAGGCCGAGGUUCUUUGCAGUUCCUGUGAUGGCCCUGAUCGCCAACUUCGGGAUCCCCAAGUGGGCCCGGGAGAAGAUUGUCAAUGGUAUCCAGCUGGGGAUCCAUUUGUAUGCCCAUGGCGUGUUCCUGAUCAUGACACGCCCGUCGGCGGCCAACAAGAACUUCCCGUACCACGUGCGCACGUCGCAGAUCGCCUCAGCCGGGGCCUCGGGCCCCGGAGGGAGCCAAUCCACGGGCAAGGCCUUCCCGCAGCACGUCUAUGGGAACGUGACGUUCAUCAGCGACUCGGUGCCCAACUUCACGGAGCUCUUCUCCAUCCCCCCGCCCGCCUCCUCCGCCGGGAAGCAGGUGGAGGAGACAGCGGUGGCGGCGGCGGUGGCCCCGAGGGGCCGCGUGGUGACCAUGGCCGAGCCGGGCGUGGCCUCCCCGCCCCUUACCGCUCGGUUCCCCAAGGCGGCCGACCCGAGCUGGGAUGGCCCGACGCCGCCCUACCAGCCGCUCGUGCCCCAGACGGCGGCGCCGCACACCGGCUUCACCGAAUACUUCAGCAUGCACACGGCCGGGGGCACCGCACCCCCGGUCUGAGCACCCUUGCCCACCCCUGCCCCAUGGGCCGCGCGCCGGGCCCCGGCCGGGCUCCAGAACCCCUGCUCUAUCCCGGCCCCAGGGCUCUGCCAUCCUAGGCCUUCCCGACCCUCCCCAACCCCGCGCGCCCAGGUAGGGGUGCGUACUGUCCCGCUCCCCCUUCCCCCCCCCCGACUUUUGUGCCAAACGGUCCCGCGGGAGCCGCUCUCCCCGUCCCCUCCCUCAGCCCCUGCCCCGAGCGGCGCCGGAUUCUGGGCUCCCGCUGUUCCGAGACCUACGGCCCCCUGGCCCCCUCCGAGAUCUCUGAUCCCGCCGGACCCCGGAACACCAGUGACGAUCGCCGGGACCCUGCCCGUGACUCUCCAGGAC